AUAGCGCCGGCGGUGACUAUUUGGAAAGCUCGAGAAACAACGACGCCCUGAAGUUUCUAGCGAGGUUGGAGCGACUUUUGUUAAUAGUGGUUCAGUUAGCGACUUCUGAAAUACUGCCUUCUGCCUCGCACAUAGCGCGCGCACAGAGCCGGAGCCCACAAAGUUCGCAGCGCGAUACCCGAGGAGCAGGGAGGCAUGACGUCACUCAGCGAACUUUCGAGAAGCAGAAGCCGAGAGAAGCCCGAGGAACUUUUAUUAUCCCCGAUAUAUUAUACAUCAACGUCUGCUUCGAAUUGAGCGAAUUUAUUGUUUUUGAAUCUGCAAUGACACGAGGAUUUUAACGAUGUUUGAUUUGUUCGAAGAUGAAUGCUACUUGCUGAUGUCGUUUAUUUCACUCGUCGCGUUUCAAAUGAUACUUUUCGGUUAUUUUGUAAUAACGAUGUUUCAUUAAAAUUAGUUGGGAAAAAUUUGAGUACCGUUCAUUUUCCGGUUCAAUUAUCCGACCAUAAUCAAUUUCAAUGAAAAUAAUUUUGUAAAAAAUCGAUACUCGGAAAAUUCAAUUUUAAACUUUCGGAGCGCAAAUUUUCGCGCCGCCAUUUACACACGCCGGCGGAGUCGAAGAUUUUGCAACUCACUUCAGCUCGUUUAUCCACAUAAUAAUAACGAUAACCCGAUAUGCUUACAGGGGGGGCGUCUUCUGCUGCUGCUGCUACAUACAUCGACUGACAUAAACAAUGCGGCAUGGCCAGUGUCAUGUGAUGUUCCCGUAGUGCACACGGCGGUAACUUUUGUACUGUAUAGCACACUCGAGUCAUGGUGUUUCCUCUGAUCUGCGUACUCGUCUAUCCCGUCGUCGUUUUUGCCCUGAUCAGAGCCGCCUACUUGGUCGUCUUCGAGCACGGCAAGGGCUUGGGGAGGAGAGUCGCGCCGCGUCAUGCGCCCGCGAAAACUCUGAUAGUUCUGGGCUCGGGCGGCCACACCAGCGAGAUACUGCGCGUUCUCCGGCAUCUGGACAGGGCCAAUUACGCGCCGAGAGUCUACGUGCAGGCCCAGACGGAUCGCGUGAGCCGUCAGAAGGUCGAGGAGUUCGAGGGUGACUCCGAGGAUUACAGGCUGCACGCGAUACCGAGGAGUCGACGGGUCGGCCAGUCCUACUUGACGUCGAUCUUUACGACGGCGCGCGCCACUCUGCACGCGUUCCCGCUGAUUUUCCGCGAGAAGCCCGACCUGUUGCUGUGCAACGGACCGGGAACCUGUGUGCCGCUCUGUCUGGUGGCUCUGUUCUUCAACGCCUUGCUGUUCAGAGAGACGAAGAUCGUGUUCGUCGAGAGCUUCUGCCGAGUCGAGCGUUUCUCGCUGUCGGGCAGAAUUUUGUACUACCUGGCCAAUCACACGAUAGUCCAAUGGCCAAAACUCAAUGGUUCUAGGUAUCCUAGAAGCAUUUUCGUUUAGUUCCUCGAUUGAC